UGGCCUUUACGAAGUUUCCAAACGUAUUCUCGAGACUUGUUCGUGGUCUACGUGUUGACUGAACUAAUCGCGUCCUCCCCGGCGGCCAUUGCUUUUCUUCACGCUUUCCACCUGCAAAUCCCACACGCUCCUUUCCCACUAUAUAUUCCCACUUUGUCCAGACCUCUCUCACCAUUAAAACAGACCAGAGCUUUCUUAGAUCUCUUCAUUUCCCUUGCUCCUGUGCUCAUCCGAGCAACUCAAUUAAGCCCAGAUUCAGCAAAAAGCCCUAAUUGGGUUCAUUCAUUAAGCCCAGAUUCAACAAAAAGUCUGAAUUGGGUGCAGGAUGGUUAUGGUGAAGAGGGAUUCAGUUUGCAUAAGGGAGGUGUGGGCAGAUAACCUGGAUGAAGAAUUUGAGCUGAUCAGAGAAGUGGUAGAUCAAUACCCAUAUGUUGCCAUGGAUACGGAGUUCCCUGGGGUUGUGAUAAGGCCAAAGGGGAGAUUCAAUACCAGAGAAGAGUACCAUUACCACACCUUGAAAGCCAAUGUGGACAACCUCAAACUGAUCCAGUUGGGCUUCACUUUCUCAGAUGAGGAAGGAAAUCUGCCAGACUGUGGCACAGGUCGCCACUGUGUUUGGCAAUUCAAUCUCAGGGAAUUUAACCCCCUUCAAGACAUCCAUGCCCCUGAUUCAAUCGAGCUCCUGAGAGAGAGUGGUAUUGAUUUCAGGAAAAAUAACAAGAUGGGUAUUGAUUCAAAUCGUUUUGCUGAGCUUCUCAUGUCCUCUGGCAUAGUUUUGAAUGAGAAUGUCAGAUGGGUUGCUUUUCACAGUGCUUAUGAUUUUGGGUACCUGAUAAAACUUCUGAUCUGCAACAAGCUGCCCUAUACCCAAGAGGGGUUUUUCAGUCUGAUGAGAUUGUACUUCCCAAGUGUUUAUGAUGUGAAGCAUAUGAUCAAGUUCUAUGAUGGACUGUAUGGAGGUCUUAACAGAGUUGCGGAGCUGCUUAAAGUAGAGAGAAUUGGGACAUGCCAUCAAGCAGGGUCUGAUAGCCUGCUUACUUGCUCUGUUUUCAUGAAAUUGAAAGAGGGGUUUCCCCAGAGAUCCAUGGACAAGUACACAAAUGUCUUGUAUGGAUUGGGGCUGGAUAGCUGCAGCUAUUGAUUUUGGAUAUGAAAUUUGUGUCUACUGUACAUGGUAAUUAAUUACAAAUAUGGAUAAAGAUCAAUUGAUUUUGUUGGUUAA